GAUGACGCUGGGGCGUCCACCGGAAGCGGGCUGUAGCGUCCUUGGAGAUCGACUGACGUUGUUGUUAAUAGUUUAACUGCACAUAUGAAAUGUGGUCCUUCAUAUGAAACGAGCCGUUUUCUACAGGGAAAGCGGUUCAUGCCUCUUUACAAGAAACCAUGGCUGCAGCUGCUCUUAUUGGAGAUCAACUGAUCCUUGAAGAGGACUAUGAUGAGAACUACACCCCCUCUGAACCAGAGAUUCACGAGUAUGCCAGAGAGAUUGGCAUUGAUCCUGACCGGGAACCUGACCUCUUGUGGCUUGCUAGAGAGGGCAUUGUUGCCCCCCUGCCCCGGGAAUGGAAGCCUUGCCAGGAUGUCACAGGUGACGUGUACUACUUCAACUUCUCCACGGGCCAGUCCACCUGGGAUCACCCCUGUGACGAGCACUACCGUGGCGUGGUGACGCAGGAGCGGCAGCGGGCCCAACUGGCCGGCCCCGGCGCUGCAGGAGCAGGCUCCGCUGGGAAGAAGGAGACCAAGGAGAAGAAGAAAAAGAAGGAAAAAAAGGAAAAGAAGGUGAAGAGGAAGAAAGAGCCUCUCAUGACUCCCGGACCUCUGAGUUCAGCCCUUGGUCCCCUGCCGUCCACGCUGGGCAGCCUGGCUCCAUUGAGGGGACUGGAUGCCCUUGGCCCCGGCCCCAUUCCCAGCGCAAAUCCUCCUCUCCGGGGGUCCCUUGGGGGGACCCCAAGCUCUGGGGGGCUGGAGCCUCUCAAGACAUCCCUUGGGGCUCUACGCAGCAGCGGAGGCUCCAGCGUACUUGGGAGUCGGCAGGAGCGGGGGUCCAUGUCCGUACUGGUCCGAAAGGACCAGGACGACCCUGAUGCCGGGGAGCCAAACUCAGGGAACCAGAGUGCUUGUGGUUCAGCCGGACUUUUGAGGAACCUCUACCUGGACCUGGAUGCCCUGGGAGGGGGCCUGCAGUAUGAGGACAGUGAGGCCAGUGGCGGACCUCCACCCGAGGAGCGUACGGAGCCAGAGCUGCAGGACCUGGCUCUGUCCAGAGACCACAGUCCAGAGCCCCCCUCCCAACAGGGGUCCCUCUCGGGGUGCCACCCGUCACGCUCCCCCCUCUUGCCCGGCAGGGAGGAGGGGGGUGAUGGUGCCGGGGGAGAGUCCUCAGGCGGGCGCCAUGGGGUACUGCAUGGGGGAAAGACGGAGGAAAAACAAGCGGUGGGGGAGGAGGAGGAUGGUCGGGGAGAGGAGGAGGAGAUGGAGGAGAGAGGAGGAGGAGGGGAGGAGUUGGAUGGUCAGAUAGGGGCUGAGAAAGAGAGCGAUGAUGGAGCAGCACUCAGCAUGGAGAGAGUUGGGGGUAAAACUGAAGAGGAAUACAAUGAGGAGGGGGAAGAGAAAGCAGCCACCAGGGGGAAGGAGGAGGAGGAGGAGGAGGAGGAGGAAGGUGAGGAGUGGGAAGGGGAGGAGGGGGCAGAGAGGCAAAGUGUACAGAGCCCGAAGAAGGGCCGCGUGGGGGAAGGGGACAGAGAGAAAGAGGAGGCGCAGAUGAGUAACGAGGUGGUGGUAGAUGAGGAGAGGGCAAAUGGGUGUGGCAUCAGUGAUUUGGGGCAGAGCGAUGAGGAGGUAGAGGAGGAUAUUGAGGAAGAGGAGGCGGAGGUAGAGCUGUGUUCUGAAAAGGAUUAUUCCGGAGAGAUUGACCUUGCCAGAGAAACGGACGCCUCAGAGAGAGAUGAAGAUAGAGCAUUUGACAGAUUUAUAGUGAGUGAGGAAGAGGAAGUGGCAGGAAUGCUGCAGAAAGGAGAGAAGAAGGAGGAAGGUGUUGACAGCGAGAAAGAGGAGAGCAGGCCUAGCAAGAGCGAGGAGGAGGAGGAGGAGGAGGAGGUGGUGGAGAGAUGGGUGCAUGAUGAUGGAAAAGGGGAAGAGGUGGAGACGGGCCGAGGGGAGGAUGAUGAGAUCGAGGACCAAGCGUUGGAGGGAAACGUCCAGGGUGAGGCGGGGGGGGAAUGGUCGGACGGGGCCUCGGUCGGACGGAGUGAGGAAGAGGAGGAGGAGGUUGUGGAGCUGUCUGCGGAGGCUCCGCUGGUCGGCGGGGACCGCAGGAUGCCCGACACAGACCGCAAAGCUCAGAAGAAACGCGUCCCCCCACUAAAAAGUCCCCCUCUGGGAGAGGAGUCAGUGGCCAGUGAACAAAUGGAGGAUGUUCCUUCGUCCAUGGAGGAUCUUAAGUCCGGCUAUCUCUCCAAGAUGUCGGAGAAGCCCCUUGAGCCCAAAGACCGGUCCCCUGCCGUCAGCCCCCUGGACACGGACCUGGGGGACAAGGAGGAAGACGAGGAGGACGAGGAGGAGGAGGAGGAGGAGGGAGAGAGGGAGCCGAGCGUGAGGAGGAACUCCACAGGCAGGAGACCCGUGCAGGCUGCUGCGGCGGUGGAGCGCUCUCCAGCCCGUCAGGUGGAUCGGCUGGUCCUGCACCAGUCAGGCACCGAGCACUCCCUCUCCAGCCCCGAGCCCUCGGGCAGGGACGCAGGGCUCCGCCCGAAGGCCGAGGGCCUCAGUUCCUCCCUGGGGCUCCAGAGGCCCGAGACAUCCAGGGGUCGGCUGGCCCGCGCCCCUAACGCCCGCCAACGAGAGCAGGAGUCCCCCACGCGGGAGCAGGGCGGCCCGCCGGCCGAGGAGCUGAGCUGGAAGACGAGGAGGACCCUCAGUGGGGAAGGGGAGAGGGACGAGGAAGAGGAGGAGGAGGUGGAGAUCGGAAAAUUAAGGAAAAAAGAGCAGCAGGAGGACGAGAGGAGGAAGAUGGAGGUAGAGGAACGGGAUGAAGAGGAGAAGGGAAGGGAAAGGCGUAAUGAGGAGAGAGCGAUGGAGAGGAGGAAUUUGGAAAGGGAGGUGGAGGAGGAGAAGAGGCGUGGCUCGCUGGAGAAGGAGAGAAGGCUACGCCUCCUUCGGGAGGAGCUGAGGAGAGAAGAGGAGGAGGAGGAGAGGAGGCUGAAGAAGGAGAGUGAGGAGAGAGUCAGGGCUGUGUGUGAGCGGCUGGACUCUGAGAGGAGCAAGGAGGAGGCCAGGCUGAGAGAGGAGUCAGACAGGAAGUUAAAGGAGCUGAGGGAGAGCGGCCAGAGGGAGACGGAGCACCAGCAGCAUACGCUCAGAGAGGAGAGCGGAGCUACGGUCCAGGGCCUGCGGGUCACUCUAGACGAGGAGCUGGUGGCGGAGCGUGAUAGGCUGGAGGCCCGGAAGAGGAAGGACUCAGAGAACCUGAGGAUGGAGCUGGAGACAGAGCUUCAAGCGGAGAGACAGAGGCUGCUGGGAGAGAAGGAGGAGAAACUGAGCUCUCUGAGACAGGAGAUCAAAAGCACAGAGAGAAGAAAAGAGUUGAGGAGUAUUCGCCCUGAGCAGCAGCUGACUGAGUAUCGUAGAGAGCUGGCUGACGUGCUGCAGGAAGUGAGGGAGGAAGUUCAGCGGGACCAUAACAGGAAGCUGGAGCAGCUGAAGGAGGAGCACAGGAGGGAGCUGAGCGCCAUCAGGGAACAGCACCUAGACCAGGAGGCGACCCAGAGAGAGCGUUUGCUGUGUGCUCUGCAGGAUGAGCGAGAGCGUCUGCAAAGCACACACACCGUUCAACUGGAGAAACUCCGCCUGCAGCUGGAAACACAGACACAGAAGACAUGGCUGGCACACACACGCAAGGAGUCUGAGCUGCAGGACCAGUUGGAGCAGCUGGAGCUGAAAACCAAAGAUCUGAAGACCCAGGAGGCCCUGCUGCAAACCAAGGAAGCAGAUCUGAAGAGGAGGAGGAAGAGGCUGGGGGAAGAGGAGGAGGAGGUUGAGAGAGGCAUGAAGUGUGUUUUUGUUUGGGACUGCUUUACUGAGAGGGGAACCAAACUCCCUGACCCUGCCUCUAAACAAUGUAGUGUUGUUUCGUUUGUGUGUGUGUGUGUGUGUGUGUGUGUGUGUGUGUGUGUGUGUGUGUGUGUGUGUGUGUGUGUGUGUGUGUGUGUGUGUGUGUGUGUGUGUGUGUGUGUGUGUGUGUGUGUGUGUGUGUGUGUGCGUGCGUGCGUGCCUGGUUGUUCCCGCCAGGAGAGGGAGCAGCUGACGGAGGAGCUGGGCCGGGCGCGGGAGGAGCGGCGGCGGGCCCAACAGGGUGCGGAGGGGGCGAGGGGCGAGCGGGACGCGGCCUGCGAGGAGUUCCGCCGCGCCCAGGAGGACCGGGAGCGGCUGGAGCACAAGGUGGAGGCACUGCAGGAACGCUGCGCACGCCUCGGCGGCAGGGUCAGUGAACUGGAGCAAGGCGAGGGAGCCGGCGUCUCCUCCACCCCUCCGCCCAGACUGGAGAAGAAGAAGGCGGAGGGCCGGGCAGAGAAGGUGGACGACCCCCCCCCCUCUCACGCCCCGAGUGGCGUGGGCAACAGAUCGCUGCACAUGGGGGACCUGGAGGAGCCGCCCCUCUUCCCCGUCCCCGACAGCCAGAGCAGCCUGCAGGACAUGCGUCGCUACAUCAGCACGGAGGAGGCGUCCCUCCAAGAGGCCCGGCGUUUCCUGGAGCGGGAGAGCCGGCGCCUGGCGGAGAGGCAGGCGGCGCUGCAGGCGGCCGGCCCGGGGCCCUACACCCGCCACCACAGCCUGGACGCCGCCGGGCAGGAGCCGGGUCAUGUGGAGCAGCUGCGGCGUGCGGUCCAGCAGGGCAGCACGCUGCUGCGGCGCAAGGAGGAGCAGCUGCAGCAGCUGGAGAGCUCCCUGGCGGAGGAGCCCCUGUUGGAGGAGCUGUCCCGCAUGGCCGGGGAGCGCAAGGUGACCUUCGACGUGACAGACUCUGACCUCAGCAGCACCCUGGACCCCCACGACGGACCAGGCGGCCAUCCUACCGUACCUGCCAAGGUGCAGCAGUUGGCGGAGUCCCUGCAGCAGAUCUCGGGUCAGCUCAACCUCGUGCUAGGGGCCCUGGGCUCGCUGGCCCCGCCCUCCGCCUGCAGCCAGGGGUCCGGCGGGUUGCCCCCCACCUCCUCUGCACCCCUCUCCGCCGGGCCCCCCUGGGCAUGGGGCGGGAACCACCCCGGGGCCGCGCCCCUCUUCGCCAGCUCCAUGUCCGCUACACAGAGGGCCCCGGCCGACCUCCUGAGCAGCCGCUGGGCCAAGCUGUUCCCCGGAGCCCCUCUAGACCCAGUGGCCUCCAGCACCUUGAGGACCACUUCAACGUACUCUUCAUUCACUCCUGCAAGCGUGCCGGAGCUCGACGGUCAGCGGCUGCAGGGGCUGAUCGACGGGAACAAGAGGUGGCUGGAGAUGCGACGGAAGGACGCCAGCAUACCUCUGUUCACCCGCUACCGGCCGCCAUCCACCGGGGGCGCCGGGCUGGUCCAGCUGGGCCUCGACGACAACAACCAGAUCAAGGUCUACCACUACUGAGGACCCCCGGACCCCCACAUGAAGGAGCUCCAUGGAUCUGUUUAUCUGCCCCCCAACGUCAUUUACAUUACUCUACCAAAAUGCUGCGACAGCUGGUCAUAACAUUGUCCACUUCCACUGUCGGAGGGAGGGGGCGGGGCGGGGAUACUUAGACUUGACUUUAGCUAUAGUGUGUAUGAAGCCUAGAGAAGGAUGCGCUAGAUGCCUUAAGUGAGUUCCAGGAAACCGUGUUGAAUGAAACCACUGAAGUUCAAACACUCAGUGCAUUCACUGUUCAGUGAAACUGGAGGUGAAGGAGUCGCACAAGAAAGUUUAGACAAUCGCAGCGUUCAAAGCUGUCUUUUUAUACAUGAAAACUGGCACAUGUGAAUGUGCGAGCUCCAAGCAGGUUACAACAAGCACCUAGAGGUGUUUCUAUCUAUUUAGCCUCAUUAUGGCUUUUUUGUUGACUCCUUUGUGUAGUAUGCAUUGAUCAGAGCUGAGUUAUAAGAGUAGGGGCAUGAACAGGGGGCCCCAUGAGUUAAUGAAGUUAUUAAUAUGGAUCCAGUGCCUAGAAUGAACUUCUUGAUGCACCCGUGUGAUGAAGGCCUGUUGUUGUACAUUCAUGUAAAAUAAGAAACCGGCCAUUAUGUUGUUUAUCUGUAUUUAUUGGUUAUUUUUUAUCAUCUAAUGCAAAUAUUAAGGCCAGAUGUUACUGUAGAUUAAGUGUGCCUUUGCUUCUUAUUAGGUAACUGAGAUGCUUUUAACAGCAUGCUUUUCAAAGAACUGGGACAAGUCUGUUCAAUCCGAACACACUUUAGUCAAACAAGGUCACCUGAAUAGAACGUGGGUCGAUGGAGAAUAUACCACUAAUGUGAUGUUGACCGGCCUGCGGUCUUCAUUGAGCUUCAUGCUUGGUAGACAUUGUGCAUAAAUGUGUUUGAAUUUGUAUUUUUCUAUGAAAUAUAUCAAAUCUACGUUUUUAUACAUUUUCAA